AUGCUCUCUCCGGCGGAAGGUGACUUUGACCCAACUGGAAGCCACAUCUUCGGCAGGUACCGAUCUGCUUGGGUCUUGGGCCUACCUGACGAGGGGUCAGUGAUUUUGUUCUUUUUCCCCCUCGUCUCCGUGACACCUUCCCGCGCCAUUUGCCUUCUCCACUCGACCUCCAGCUCCCUCGGGCCACCGGGACUCGGAUUUCCUGACCCGAGAACCGAGCAUGUACUCCCUCACCGGCGCCUGCUUCGACGCCAACUCGUCAAGCUCAACCGGCCCGUUUAUUGCACCUGCUUGUCUCGCAACCUCACAAAACUCGGCCACCUCCUUUCAUCUCUUGCCGCCACCAUCUCCAUCGUCAAUUCCACCCGCUCCUCUGCCGAUUCCGGCGUCUCCGACGCU